UGCUGCCCAAUUAACUAAUACAUUCAUGUCGUACAGCAAUAGUGUAAUGUCCAGCAAUAACCACACAAGUAUGAUAUGCUACGCAUAAAUCUCACAGCUACCGAAAUCAAUCUGGACCUUGGAUUUAAUGAUAUGAUGGCGAUCAAGCACAGAAAGUGCUGACAACAUGCCAUAUAUUAUGUUCUCAUGGAAACGCCGGACGGAUAACUUUUUUAUAUUUUUGAUUCAUGCUUUUGACUAGGUAACCCCAGUUACCCCCGCAGAAUUGGCGGUAUAUAUAAGGGGCGAUAGAGGUACAGAACUGUCAGCUGCGGAUGUUGUAAGCGGCGUCAUCGUGUGGCCUGUACAGAACUGCUACAUCUCUCGUAUAGUACAGGAAUAAGGUGGACCAGAACUUUGAAGGUAAAUGACAGCUUCAUACGUGAAAUCGAAUAUGGUUUCCCUACUCUCCGUCUUUAGCAAAUGCAUACUCUUGACGUUGUGUGUAUCACACGGAUCAUGUGGCACGCAUAAUGGGUCUAACGAUGUGGAUGGCCUUACCCGAGAGGACGAGAGAAAACUGGACAGCAUUGCAAACAGCCUUAUGGAGAAAACACCUCUUGAUUCUCUUGAAAGCGAUGAUAUAGUCGACAAACGCAUGAUGGAUCCCCUAGCUAAUGGUCUUGUCGGGAAACGCUACAUUGACGACUUAGCUAGUGGCCUGAUUGGGAAACGCUACAUUGACGACUUAGCUAGUGGCCUGAUUGGGAAACGCUACAUUGGUGAUAUCGCAAACGGACUGAUCGGAAAAAGAUAUAUAGGCGGUAUUGCGAACGGCUUAAUCGGGAAACGUUACAUUGGUGGUAUAGCGAACGGCUUAAUAGGAAAACGCUACAUGGGCAGCAUAGCAAACGGUUUAAUCGGGAAACGUUAUAUGGGCAGCAUAGCAAACGGCUUAAUUGGAAAACGUUACAUGGGCAGUAUUGCGAACGGCUUAAUUGGAAAACGUUAUAUUGGUGGUAUAGCGAAUGGCUUAAUUGGGAAACGCUAUGUUGAUGAUAUUGCCAGCGACUUGAUCGGAAAACGUGAAGACAAUGGACAGACGCACGAGGAAAAGCGGUAUAUCGACUCUCUUGCAAGUGGCAUCAUCGGUAAAAGAUCGGGUAACGAUGACGGCUAUGAAGGCGAAGGUACAGACGUCAACAAGCGUUAUAUCGAUAACCUGGCAAGUGGUCUCAUUGGGAAAAGAGCGCCAAGUCCUUUUCGACGAAGAAGUCUCCAAGCUUUGCUAGCGAAAAGGCCAUUUGGACAGAUUGCCAAUGGUUUGAUUGGAAAGAGAAAUAUCGCAGGUUGAGGCGCACGAGAGUAGGGUCUACGAACAAGAACGAACAUGAACAUUACAUAUUGAUAAUGUCGGUAUAUCUUGUGAUAUUUAUUGACUUUACCGAAUAGAACAAUAUAUAAGAAAUGGAUUUGUCGUAGUUAUCGAAUGUAUUUUUUUGUUUGGCAGGUGUUAUAUUUAAAUAGAAGUAAAGGACAAAUUAUCUGACAGAAAUUUUAUAUUUAUAAAUGAAUAUAGAAUAGCGUCUAGUGUCACAUAUAGAGCUAACUUUAUUAUUGAGUUUUCGUAUAUAUUUAUAUAUGAUCGGUAAUAUCAAAUUAACUUAUAUUGAUUUUUCCCCGCGCAAUAUAGAGUAUAUUUUUCACAAAUGGUCUCUUUCUGGUGUAUAUAUUACCUGUAUGAUAAUCAGAAUACAAUAUAAUGUUCAUGUUUGUCUCGGGACGGAAACGAUACAAAGAUUGGUGGCUCCUCAAUCUUUGACGGCGGAAUAAACAUUAAAUUUCACAAAAGUUAAAGAGUUAGUAUAUUAUUGACUAAGAGGCCUUUUUAUGUAUCUUAACAAUUCCUUUUGUUUUGAACCUUUUGCUUACAUGUCCCAUUUGGUAGCAUCCUGGACCAAGAAAAAAAUAUUAAAGUAGAGGUAGCUGGGAGGAAUCGUAUGGUUAUAUACGGUGAAAAUCAGAAAGAUUAAGUGUCUUCUAUCUCAUAGCCUACCAUUAAAGAAAGACAAUUGUAAACAUGUAUAAAAUUUAAAUGAUAAUAAAGUAUUUCCGGGGGAGAUCCAAAUAUUGCCUAUCCCUUGCGACUCUGGGUUGAAAGUCGGUGCUGCCUAUACCUAUUUAGCUUUUAUGCUACUAAAUUCAACAAUGAUUCGGUCAACGAAAUCGUCCAUUAUUCCCACUAUCUUCAGUGCAUUUCAUCCUACACUCAUUAACGUGUUCCUCGAAUUACGCUGCAGUUUAAUUCACAACAGUUCACUACUAGUGUACCAUCGGUAUCGACAUUCGAUCGUAUGUAUUAUUUUCUCUUAUAGGGAGUAGUUUGUUGGUAUUGCUGUCAUUUAUUUAAACCUCGCUGUAUGAUAUAUGUUGCAUGCUUCUUUGUCUUGGUUAAUAUUACUAUAUAUUUAGUGUUCCGAGUUACACAAGGCAAAUCAAUUUACAAAACUGUGCUGCAAUAACAGUAUCGUGUUACUACACUGACACAUCCGCUGGAUAUAUCAUACAAGAACAUUUUGCAAUGAAAAAGUUUUUUUCAGGAUUGUGAAGCAGUCUAUAUCUUUCUUAACAUGGGCAUGUUGUAUUCUUUUUUAUUUGUUCAUGCAUUGAAAUAAAGAUAUUGUUAUAUAU